AAGCUUUGAGUCACUCUUGACUGACUGGAUGGAUUUGCCAGUGGUUGUAACAGAACUACAGCUCCACUUUGACUCAGAUACCAGAAAAAUUGAGGUUGCGUACUGAUAUGAGCUGGUAUUUUCUCCAAACAGUGUUUGGAACGCUGUAGUUGCACCUGUACAGAAAGUUGAUUCUGAUAUGUUCACAAGUUUAUUAUUAUUAUUUUGUACAUUUUUAGUUGUUUUUUUUUUUAUCUCGUAAACAGGUGAAAAUACUGUUGAUUUUCAUUUAGUCACAUAAUUCUGCACAUUAAUAAUCACCUAAUAAUGGUGUACAUGAUAGUGCACAAAUUUCUUCAACUCCCGCCUUCCCUUGACUAAGCAGAGUUGGGAGACUUUAAGGUGGGCUCUCUUAUCUCUGGGGUUGAAGUCACGGUGGUGUUUAUGAAGCUCUUCGUCGCAGGGGUUGAGAUCCACCUGCAGUUCCAGGGAUUAUUUUUGUUGGCAUACAUUAGCAACAACACAUGGACAUUGGGGACAGUGCCACUGAAUUUUAAGUAGGGGGCCGAGGGCUGUGUUCCAAGUUCCAACUCUAGAGAUAUCACACUGGUAAGAUUUAUUCAGAAUGUGGAAGAGUGUCAGUCGGGAAGUCAUUUCUCAAAUUCAGGAGGAGCAGUGUGGUUUUCGUUCUAGCUGUGGAAAUGUGGACCUGCCCUAUACCCUCAGUAGGACUCUAAACUGUGCAUGCAAGGUCAAAAUUAAUGGUGGAUGAAGAGAGAUAAUAACAGAUCUCUUGAUGUGCAGCGGAGUAAUUCCCAGCUCGUCUUACACUUUGAAUUCUGGUUGUUCAAAUCCUGCCUGCUUUGUGCAUGGUCUAUUUCCUUUUACUGGUUCUCCUUCACUUACUAAAGCUGCACAUUCAGAAAUAGAGGACCAUGAAAAAAAAUUAAGGUGACGGACUAAUUUCAUUUAGUACGCCAAUUUGUUGCUGCAAGCGAUCGAGUCCUCCUCAAGGUAAAAACACAUGAUUACAACUAGUCGACAUCAAGUUGUAAACAUAAUUUAUGGGAGGAAAAACCAUGUCAACUACUUUGUACAACCUCUACACAUGUUGUCAAUAGGGAUGUCCCAAUGCUCUUUUUCUUUUCAUACGUCGAUCCGAUUUGACCAAAUAUGUUUUGCCGAUUUGGAUUUUGAUGCCGAUCCAAUACCCAUAUUUAUCAACCAGUAAAAAUGAAAAAAUUAAUGCAACAAGUAAAUUACCAAUCCCAUUUUUUGUAUUCAAGUGUCUACGACAGAAAUGCUCCGUUUAGAAAUAUUACAUGUUGCUUUGUUACUCAUUAAUUAGUAAAGAGAAGUAGUCCCGCUCAGCGGACAUGUUUGCUGAAUGGUUUGAUCAGAUCCGAUCUUGUGAUCAAAUCUGUUACUGUUCCAUACUCCAAAUAUAACUGUUGGACGCCGAUACUGAGUGUCUGAUCGGGACAUCAUGAAUAGUUGCUUAAUUUUAAGAUGCUUUUUAAUGUUUUAAAUUAGAUAGUUAUCUCCUAUUCUUAGGCGUGGCUUGUUCAUUUUUUAUUUCAAUACAAGCAGUAUCUAAUUUAAAUUCCGUAGCAGCGCAAUGUGAGGGGCUGAUAAAAGUGAAGGUUGUCGUUUUGCUGAGAAAUAGACAUGGCAAUCACAUCAAAAUUUGGGCCUCUGGGAAGCUGUUGACCCUUGUGAAUUACUGUAAUUAAAGAUUGAUGAUGGGGAACAGGCAGAAUUGAUAGGCGUUUGUGGUGCACUAAGGGCUUUGGACUUUUAAGCUCCGAGCUCAUUAGAUGGAAGCAUUCAAGAAAUGAUGGAUGAGUGAGAUACAGCUGUUGUUUUUUAUCUGAUUUAUUAAAAAAGAAAGCAUGCCAAAACGUUCAAGUACAGUCAGGAGUGGAACAUCAAAAACAGUGUUGGACAUUUGCCCAAAGUCAGAUUAGAUGGGCUCCAUCUUCCAAUACCCAGAAAAGGAUCUGUCAUAUAAAACAGAUGACUGGAUUAACCAAUAGUUAUUACCCCUGGGAAUCGGCGGCGAAAGAGCGUUGAUUCCCUGGAGAACAACCCUCAUUCUGCGGAGAACAAUUCUUGAUUCCACAGGUUUUUAUCCCAUAGGCCUUACACAAACUUGAGCCACCUUAUCUGAGUCAACUCAAUACGGAAGAGCAGCGGCUCUACUCCAAGCCAUUCCAGGAUAAUCGAGCUUCUCACCUUAUCUCUAAGGAAGAGCCCGAACACCCAACAAAGUAAACUCAUUACGGCCGCUUGUAUCCGGGAUCCCAUUCUUUUGGCCAUGACCAACAUCUCAUGUCCGUAGGUGAAGGUAGGAACGUAGCGUGACCAUUAAAUAGAGAACUUUACCUCUCAGCUCAGUUACUUCUUCACCACGACGGACCGAUACAGAGUCCACGUAAUUGCAGAUGCAGCACCGAUUCAUCUGUCGCUCUCCUGCUCCAUCCUUCGUUCACUCAUAAAUAGGACCCCAACAAUUGUACACGUAACGUGUGUUUAAAGGGUAUGACAACACCUGGGGAAAUGGUAAUAUUCCAUCAUUUAUCCAUAAACGCAUGCCUUUUGGAUUCAUAUCAUGCCACUUCACGUAAUUACACACAUCGCAACACCAAGAAAAUGAUAGAAAUUUGGAUCGAUUGUCAAGUUAAAAGGACCCGCCCCCGAGAUCCCGGAAAUCUAGCAUAUUGUGUGAGUGACGUCACGACAAGGAAACAACCAGCUCAGUGCUUAGUACUGAAUGGCAGCGAUGAUGGCGGACAAUUUUGUUUCUAGUUGCAGCGACGAAUCCGACGUAACGAACAAUCUUCUAAUGGUGACGAGGAGAGUUAUGAACCUUUCUUUGGUGUUUUGGGUUAUCAAUUUGAGCCCAAACGAAAGCCAUUGCAGCCUAAUGAAAGGAUCAUUGAGGGGAGCAAUCACACUGAUGAAACACCGGCAACAUAUCUUGUGGGAAACACCGAAUGGUUUGUUUUGCAUUUCUUUUUGUGAAGCUGAUACACCGUGACCGCAAAAUAAUGUAAUGUAUAGAAUAAUUAUCAUUUAUUGUGCUAUCAUUGGUUUUCUCUCUGCCAACAGACACAAAUAUGAAUGGGAUUAGAGGAUUUGUUCUAUAUAUUUUACGAGCGAUAAUUUAUACGUGUCCAGUCCUAUAUCCAAUGCGUGAUAUGUUUUUAUUAUAAAAGAGUACACACUCUGGCCAUUUCGAGCUUGGCUGCUCCGCUCCUUUGGUUAGCCUGGGGUGGUCUCAUCAGAACCAGUCAUCGUCCUCUUUCUUGAUAUCUCGGGACAUUUAGGUGGCUGCGCGUGUAUGGUGGGCACCGCAUCUGCUUUCAUCAGCAAUUUCUUAGCAAAACCUGAUUUCAUUUGUCCAUAGUUCGAAUAGCUUUCAGGUGUAAAAUGCGCACCACACAAAACCUUGCCGGAGGGUGGGUGUGCAAAAUUAGCCCUCUUAGCACGGACAAACUUUACUCAUUAUCUGCGUAGUCCAGCUGUUUUUCUCGCGUUCGGGAACUCAUGGGUACUACAUUGCGACAAAUGGCAAUUUGUAGACCACAUAGAAUGACAGGUUUGAACCAUUUUAGCGAUUUUUUUGAUAAAACACGAACGCAACUCUCUCGUCGAUAAACAACGAUGGCACCUGCCUCGACCUUUCGUUUCCUUGUUAUGACGUCUCCGCCCCAUUCGGCUGUUUCCGAAGUACUUUAGGAAAUGUUCGUAAUUUUCGAUCUAUUUUCGAUAAUUGCUCAUGAAUGUGAUUUAUUUUUUUGUUAACUUUAUUAAUAUUUGUUAUCUUGCCACAUAACGGUUCUAUUGAUAUCUCACAGUCCCUUAGUGUUUUAAUACCCUUUAAAAGGAAAAAAAAUUAACAUUUUUAUUUUGGCGAUAUACACCGGAAAAGAUCAUUUCCAUUAUUUUCCAAAACCAAACAAAUUGGAGGUCUACCAAGUGUAAAAAUUUAAUAAUGCAAACACUGAACUUCAUUGAAAUGCCUAAAGGUUGUUUAUUGAAUCACACAAAUAAAAAAUAAUAGCUUCAGAAGUGUCUAAAUUUCCUAGACUCAGAAAAAUCUUAUAACAUUGAAUAAAAGGUUAAAUAAGUAGCUCUCAUUAAAAAAAAAAAAAAAAUGUCGUUCCAAAAAAGAAAUAAAGUUUUAAACUUGUCACUGUCCCACUGUGCCGCCGUCAAAAUGCGAAUUGUUUUUAAACAAGAAUUACGGAGAAAAAUGCUAGUCUUUAUUAAAUGCUUCAUUGAGUGAGUACAGUCAAAUCCGCUCACUGCUGAGAGCAGCCGCGCACACACACAAGCAAUGAGUUGUCAUAGCACACCAGCUAAACGAUGAUUGACACAUUCAGCGUCUAUGAAGGUAGCGCUGCCCAGCUUCUCUGGCAAGUUUAAAGCUUCACUGCCUAUCAAUCAUCGUUUACUUUAACAAACAAAACUCUCAGUGCACUGCUGACCAAGAAAAGAACCAGGAAGCUGUACGAGCAUGAAGCAGGAAAACAAAUAUAUUUUUUAAUUAAAAACCCGAUUUUUUUUACCUGAUUCCGAUCCUGUGAAAAAUGUCGCGAUCCCUCAUGCCUAUCCCUAGUUUUAAAUUGACUUUUUCAUAUGGGCCGGUCGGAUUAAAAAAAGGCUGAUACCAAUAUACGUCAAAUUACCAAAUAUUGGCCCGAUAAAAUAGCCGACCGAUAUAUCUGUGUGUCUCCACUUUUUAGAUGUUGUGUCAUCUCAUCAACAUAAUACCGAUAUAGUUAAAAUUGACAACCAACUCCUGCAAUAACGUUCCGUUUUCAUAAAGUCGGAUGUCUGAGAGCUGGAAGCAGCGAGAAGUAUGGCGGAGGCAGCUGCCUCCAAAUUUAAUAUGUGGGAAAAACCCUGCAUUCAUUCUGUGGUCACAUCAUCUAAUCCAGGGAUUCUCUAAAGUGGGUGACGCCUUCCAGGCCAAGUAAACUUCAGUUCUUCGAUAUUCAACACACUUGUAUUUUAUUAUUGUGCUGUGCAAUGCAUCAAACUUGAGUCUAACAUGUUGACAGAUAGAUUUUAUUAACAGACUCAGGGUCCAAGCCACAGCCAUACAAUACAAGGAAAGGAUUAAACAAGACUAAAAACAAAAUAACAAUAAAAUGAAAUAAACUACAGUGAUACAAAACUAGGUCAUCUAGUGACCCACUUUUAAAAGGCAUGUAUACCAGUGCUUCCAAAACAGUGAAAAGCAGCGUGUAGAACUGUGCAAAAUGUUAGUCAGGCCCAAGACAAUCACAUUUUUAGAACACUUCAAACGAUCAAUAAAAUUAAACAUCAGCACCCUUAGGAUGGCCUGGAGAGUAUUCACCCGAGUAGCCACAAACUUUUCAGAGGCAAUGCACCACUUGGGCCUCGUCAACAAGAUUCUCAGAGAGUCAUGGUAGGCCACAUGCAGUCUCUGAAAACUUAUCUUAUUGUAAUUUGACCACAGUUGCGCAGUGUAGAGGGGAGUACAAUAGGCCUUGAACAGGGCGAGCUUGACCUCAUCAGAGCACUGACCAAAUUUUCGGCAGAGAACAUUGGCUUGGACAUAUAAUGAGCGACACUGUCGAAAUAUGUCCUCUUUGUCUGUCAGAGUGUCCGUGAGCAUAUGACCAAGGUAUUUUUACCUGACCACAGGGCUUUAAAACUUGACCAAACAACUUCAGAUCAGGGAAAACCAACUGUUUGCCCUCUUCGGUUCUUAAAAUCAUAAUAACACUCUUUGAUUCAUUGUAUUUAAUGUUGUAUAGCUCCCCUUACCCGGAACACACAUUGAGUAGCUGCUGCACCCCAGCUGAGCUUGGGCUAAGUAGCACACAAUCAUCUGCAUACAUCAGAAGGUUCACCACCAACCCACCAACCAUGCAACCAGUUUUACACUUACUUAACAGUUCUGACAGUUCAUUCAUAUAAAAAUUGAAUAAAAUCGGCGGUAGGAUGCUCCCCUGUCUGACCCUAUUGCUAACUUGGAGGGGCGCCGCUAUACAGCCGUUCCACUUCACCUGCAUAGUUUGAUGAGUAUACCAAUAUAAAGAAUUCUUAUAAUGUCAUUGGGAACCCCUGCUUGGCCUAAUUUCCUAUACAACUUCCCAUGGUUCACACGAUUAAAGGCUUUGGAAGCGUCUAGAAAUUCACAUGAACAUAGAGAAGUUUUUCCUCAUAUAGAUAUUGGCCAAUACUUUUAGAGCAUAAAUACACAUGUCUGUGCCACAUCUAGGUUUAAAACCAAACUGAUUAUCUGUGGAGCAUAUUAGUGUAUUAAGUUUAACUCUCUCCAGUACGAGGAGAUCAAAUACCUUAGAAAGAACACUAGCAAGGCCGAUGGGUCUGUAGUUGUCCGAGCUGCUCACUUUCCCUGCUUUAUCUUUGAUGACAGGGACUAGCAGCACCGACAUCAUAGUCGGGAAGACAGCCGUGAACCAUAAAGGAAAUAAAGCAGAGUGCAAGAAGUGGAACAAGCGUCGGACUACCUUGUACCCGUAUAAGCUGUUCGGCAGAUAUAGAAUCCAUGCCUGUGGACUUAUUAACUGAUAAGAUUUUGAUAACUUCAAACACCUCAUGGGUCUUAAUUGUGCACACCUCUCCGAUAUUGCCCACUUGAUAGGGUUCAGUUGGGACAAAAGUUAAAAAGAUUUUCAUAAUGCUGUCACCAGAAAGCAGCAAUAGCAUUUGCACCAGAGAAGCCAUCUAUCGAGAGCAAGAAUGACUUGCUGCUCAACUAGAGGACCUGCGUCCCACCACUGAGGGCCCCCCAUGUGCAUGCGGAGAGAUGGAUCGCUGUAAGCACGUGGUGCGCCUUCGCCUGGGCCACGACCACUCCAUCCUCAAUCCCCAGAAAUGGCACUGCGUGGACUGCAGCACCACAGAUUCGGUGUGGGCUUGCCUCAAGUGCUCCCAUGUGGCCUGCGGGCGCUUCAUGGAGGAGCACUCGCUCAAACACUUUCAGGAGUCUCACCACCCGUUGGCCAUGGAGGUGCGCGAGUUGGAUGUCUUCUGCUUCGCCUGCGGAGACUAUGUACUCAACGACAAUGCAGAGGGAGACCUCAAGCUCCUCCGCGGGGCCCUCUCCACCGUUCGGAGCCCCGGUACACGCUCGCUACGCUCCUCAGCUUGGCGGGUAUACACCCACCGAGGCGGUGAAAGUGGGCCCCAGCCUGCCAUGCAGCUAGCUUUGCGUCACAGGAGGAAAUCCCUCCUUGCCAAGAUGCUUCAGAGGUGGAUGAGCAAACACCAAGAGCUGCAGGCGGAGCGGCAAGAGAAGCUGGAAGAGGCUAGAAGACAAAAGAAAGAGGUGAAAAGGAGACUCUUGGAAGAGCUGGGCAACGUCCCUCCCAGAAAGAGCGCUCGGCUUCUUACUCAGGCGCCCCGUUCAACCAUCACACUCAUUCCUUGUAAGUUUCGAGACCCUCCGGAACGCCUACCUCCAGCUCCUGCUCCUCCUAAGAAGCCUUCCCUUCUCGCCUUGUCACGAAAGCCGCCCCCGAACGGAAAAUCCGCAAAACUGAGGCGGUACUACUCGACCCACUCGACGAACCGCCGUCGGUUGGCACCAGGGGUAACCGGUCUGCGUAAUCUGGGGAACACGUGCUACAUGAACUCCAUCUUGCAAGUGCUAAGCCACUUGCAGAAAUUCAGGGAGUGUUUUCUCACUUUGGACCUGUGUGAGACCGAGGAGCUCCUGGCCAAAACCAACCAUUCGCACGGCAUGAAGGCAAUGGCCGGAAGCGUGGUCAGCAGUGGUAAUGCGCCGCUGACCUCCUGCCCCCUGGGCCGCGUGGGAAAUCUGACUUUGGGCAAAAAAGAAAGUAUCCCGCCUACCCCGCAGACUGCCGAGUUGGUCCAACCCAAAGAGCCUCGUUGCUCCACCCGCCAACAGAUGUCUCUGUGCCAUGAGUUGCAUACACUUUUCAGGGUCAUGUGGUCAGGCCGCUGGUCUUUGGUGUCUCCCUUCGCCAUGCUGCACUCCGUGUGGAACCUCAUCCCGGCUUUCCGCGGCUACGACCAGCAGGACGCGCAGGAGUUCCUGUGCGAGCUGCUGGACAAGGUGCAGCAGGAGCUGGACACGGAGGGCUCCAAGCGCCGGAUCGUCAUCCCCAUCACCAAAAGGAAGCUGUCCAAACAAGUGCUCAAGGUGCUCAACACCAUCUUUCACGGGCAGCUACUCAGCCAGGUGACAUGUCUGUCCUGCAAGCACAAGUCAAACACGGUUGAGCCAUUCUGGGACUUGUCCUUGGAAUUUCCCGAGCGAUACCACAGCGUCAACAAAGGCUCCGGCUCCACAGCCUACCAGCGCAGCUGCACCCUCACCGAAAUGCUGUCCAAGUUUACCGAGAUGGAAGCGCUGGAAGGCAGCAUUUACGCCUGUAACCACUGCAACAAAAGAAGAAGGAAAACGUCCCACAAGCCUUUAGUCCUUUCAGAAGCCCAUAAGCAGCUUCUGAUCUAUCGUUUACCUCAGGUUCUACGGCUGCACCUCAAGCGCUUCAGGUGGUCUGGGAGGAACCACCGGGAGAAAAUUGGUGUCCAUGUGGCCUUCGACCAGGUUCUCAACAUCAAACCCUACUGCUGCACGGGCUCAGGUCACUCUGUCCACAGAGGGGGCUACACCUACGACCUGUCGGCCGUGGUGAUGCAUCACGGCAAAGGCUUCGGCUCAGGGCACUACACCGCAUACUGCUACAACACAGAAGGAGGUUUCUGGGUCCACUGCAAUGACUCCGAGAUGAAGGUUUGCAGUGUGGAGGAGGUGUGCAACACUCAGGCCUACAUUCUCUUCUAUACCCAGAGGUCUGCUUAGGGACUUCUCGCUGUGAGCCUGAGCUGCAUUUAUGAAAUCGAUCCACACCAAAAAGUCACUUGACAUUAGCUAUUAGGACUAGCCUUUGCAUUAUGUUCCCCGCGGUCGUGGCAAUUGCGUUUUGCACCACAUGAACAAAUGAGAUGGACAGAUGCGGUGGCGGAACAAAUAUAAAUUGGGGCCGGUUGAAAACAUGAUCAACGAGUCCCUCGUGUGAGCCAUCUAUAGCGGUGGUGUUUGGGUGUAUCUAGUUGAAGAUUUGAAGAUUUUCCUCGGGCACACUUUUGACCCCCAAGUUGCAGAAACAUUCGUCUGGAAUAGAAAUUAGAACACUUAGACACAGUAUUCGAGCUUUAAGCAUCAUCAUACCUUAUUUUCAGGACCUUCCAUUGAUGCCCCAAAACCAGGCCCGGGUGCACCCGCACCAUCACUCCCCCCUUAGGUUUCGCCCCUGGACAGAGGUUUAAAAUGUCCUCAAAAUUUGCUAUUGCGGUCACAGGUCGGAAGCCUCAAAAUGUGAUGGCGCUUAAUUAUAAAGCGAGACAUCAGCAAAGACGUAUUAUUCAAGUCUGCUGUGGUCACAUAUGUGCUCCAAAGCUGCCAGAAAUAUUAACUUAUAGUAAAUGCAGGAGGGGAGUGCCAAAAUCCUAAACAAGACAGCAGAGACCACCGGGAAUAUCAUGUAAGUGGAGCAGGGACUGGCAAACGUCCUAAUCGAAGUCACACAAACAUUUUAUGGAAAUUGACGAGCGCUCAUCUGUGAUCCUAAUUACCAUCACACCAUCCAAAAAAUGCCUAAAGAGUUAAAAAUCCUUAUGUCACUUUUUUGGAGGGAAUUUUAUUUCAUGGUAGACCAAGAACAAACAUUAUACAUUAGAGUAAUAACUAUAAAAUGGAGAACAGUGGGCUAAGUAAGCAUCUUUUACCAUAACAUGAACAGUUAUUUCGAUAAUUUUAGCCUAAACAACGCAACUAGUUUUAUUAAGCAAACUCGAGCUCAUUCCUUCGUAGGAGUAUUGGCAUCAAACAAAGACAAAAAUUAGGACUACGAGAGUAAAGUCCUUAUGAGAUGAAAGUCGAAAUAUUACGAGAAUAAAGUCAUACGUUACUACGAGAAAAAAAGUUGGAAUAUUAUGAAAUUAAAAUCAUAAUAUUACGCAUCUUUAUAUUAGAGGUGGGAACUUCUUGGUACCUUACGAUACGAUUUGCGAUACAAAGCUCACGAUAACAAUGAUCUAACGAUUUGGCGAUACAACGAUUAUCGAUACAUUGGUCAGGAAAUCAUUGACAAAACGACUAAUAAACAGGAAAGACGAGCCAUCUUUGUCCUUCUGCUGUAAGUUAAUUGUAGUAGACAUCCAAUCUAAUUAAACUGGGAGGGUUACAGCGAAUGAAGCCCUCCCACUUCUAUGGCCAUCAAUGGCAGCCAAUGCCAAGCAACUCGGUAAAUUUUGGGGACACCAGCAGAGGUGGGUAGAGUAGCCAAAAAUUAUACUCAAGUAAGAGAAGGGUUACUUCAAAAUAAUAUUACUCAAAUAAAAGUAAAGUUAGUCAUCCAAAAAAUGUACUCAAGUAAAAGUAAAAAAGUAUUUGGUGAAAAGAAUAAGAGUAACUACUUACAAAUUUGAUUGAGUUUUUUUUCCUCAGUACAAAUGUAUAGAUAUGAACUGUUGUUACAAUGAUGCUGUACAAUAACCCAUUACAUAACCACAUUAAGCCAAAGAAAUACAAAAAAUGAAGAGAAAAAUGACAAAUUAAGCAUUAUUUGUCCAAAGAGCAUGAGUGCCCUCUAGUGGAGAAAAUAGUUCCUAGUUUGAAUGGUGAAUAGUUCUGUCAUAGAUCCUAUUAUGAAAUUAAAAGGAUCAUAUCUCUGCUUUUUCCGUGGUCAGUCGGUGUCAUGGGUGACUGGGAGAGAGGUUAAAAUUAGGGCUGUCAAACGAUUAAAAUUUUUUUAAUCGAGUUAAUCACAGCUUAAAAAUUAAUUACCCGUAAUUAAUCGCAAUUCAUACCAUCUAUAAAAUAUGCUAUAUUUUUCUGUAAAUUAUUGUUGGAAUGGAAAGAUAAGACACAAGACGGAUAUAUACAUCCAACAUACUCUACAUAAGUACUGCAUUUGUUUAUUAUAACAAUAAAUCAACAAGAUGGCAUUAACGUUAACAACAUUCUGUUAAAGCGAUCCAUGGAUAGAAAGACUUGUAGUUCUCUAAAAGAUAAAUGUUAGUAAAAGUUAUAGAAAUUUUAUAUUAAAACCCCUCAAUGUUUUCGUUUUAAUAAAAUUUGUAAAAUUUUCAAACAAAAAAUAAACUAGUAGCUCACCAUUGUUCAGCACCACCAAUUCUCAUGGUGCUGAAAACCAUAAAAUCAGUCGCACCCAAGCGCCAGCAGAGGGCGACAAAACUCCAAAAACACAAGUAACAUGUCCACAUGACACUGUACUGUCAUUUUAAUCUGUUUGAGCGGGGCAUGUGCGUUAAUUGCGUCAAAUAUUUUAACGUGAUUAAUUUAAAAAAUUAAUUACUGCCCGGUAAUGCGAUCAUUUUGACAGCCCUAGUUAAAAUCCGCAAUUUCAAGACAUGUUGAGGGCAGCGCUCUAUGCCAAGUACUUUAAAAUACUUCAAAUUUUUUAUGGUGCUUUAAAGACGCCACGUAAUUGAAUAGGCUGGCGUGAUCAUAGAACAGCAAGCUUGUGUUUGAUUGGUAUAAUUUAGUCAUGUGAUUAUUGUUGCUACGUCGAAUUGGUGAAAUUGGUAGAGCUACUCUUGGAAUCGCUGCCAAAAAAAAUCUAAUAUGAAGAAUAGAUAUGAAGAAUAAAGAGGAAAAAUUACUCUUGUGUAGCCCAAAGUAGCAGAGUAAAAGUAGCGUUUUUUCUUCACAAAUCUACUUAAAAGAAAAAGAAUGGCUUAGUAAAACUACUCUUAGAAGUACAUUUUUCUCAAAAACUUACCCAAGUAAAGGUAACGUAGUACAUGUAACGCGUUAAUACCUACCUCUAGACACCGGGUACCUGUUGAUUUUCAGUCACUUUCUGUUGAUUUGGGGGCAUUUCAAGGUCACUUCUUGUUAAUUUUUUUUUUUUUCUUUUUUUUAUGAGUCACUUCCAGUCCUGUAACCCAAAAUCAACAGGGAAUGAAUAGGCAUUGACUCAAACUCAAUAGGAAGUGUCCUUUAAAUGCCCUAAAAUAACAGGAAGUGACCUGUUAAAUGCCUCGAAAAUAGUGACUGUGAAUGCCCUGUUUUUGAAUGAACGAAGAAGUCAUUUGCCCCUCCCAGUCUUAAUGAACUGGGUGUCGAGCUCCGUCAAUGGCAGCCACAGAGUUAACUAAGACACUAUUAUGGUGGGAGAUUUUGCUAGCAACUUGUUUUUUGUUUUUAUUUUAUUUUUUAAACAUUGGCACCUUUUUAAAACGAUAUCUCAAUUCUUGGCAUCAGCAUAUCGAUAACCUUUUGGAAUGCAAAGUAUCACGAUAUAUCAACAUUUCGAUAUUUUGUCCCACCCCUACUUUUUAUUAAAGAAAUAUGUAUGGAUUCAGAACGGCUAAUUCGGCUUAUAGAUCAUAAUAUUUAUUAUACCGUAAUUUUAAGACUAUUAGGCCGCUACUUUUUUCCCUCAUUAUGAAUCCUGCUGCUUAUAGUCCAGUGCGGGUUAUUUGUUGAUUUAUUUGGGUUAAUAGGUAACACUUUAUUUGACAGCGGCGUCAUAAGACUGCCAUAAGACUGCCAUAAUUAUGACAUGACACAAUCAUGGACAUUAAUUAAUGCAUAUGACAUAUGUCAUUAAGUGUCAUCCGGUGAAUUAUUACACUAACUCCAUUUAUUUCCUGCUUGGAUAUUUCACAUCGAUUCAAAAGUGAGAUAAAUUGCCAGAUGACACAAAAUGACAUCUGUCAUAAGCAUUUAUUAAUGCUCAUGGCAGUGUCAUGUCAUAAUUAUGAUGGUCUUAUGACAGUCUUAUAGCACCACUGUCAAAUAAAGUGUUCCCAGAUACCAUAACUAGCAAUGAAUGAAACAACUAGAACAGUAACUGAGGAAAUUAACACAGAACAUGAAUUUUGAUUAUUUACAUCUGUAGCGCUGCAAUGCAUGCUUUGAGGCAUGUUGGACAAAAAGUGUUAGGUAGGAGCAGAGGUUGACUGUCUCCCCAAGGGAGCAGUGAUGGCCAAAUGAAGCUUCUUGAAGCAGUGAAGCUUUACAGUCAAUUGAUUCAAAGCUUCAUGGUGGUUCAUUUGGUCUUAUGACAGUGUUCGAUGCGGCUUAUCUAUGAACAAAUUCCGUUUCGUGUCAAAUUUGGUAAAUUUGGUUGCGGUUUAUAGUCUGGUGCGCCUUAUAGUCCGAAAAUUACGGUAAUUUGAUGUAGAGGUGGCCAAAGAUGAAGGAUUUCCUUAUGUAAAACUUGUAAAAUAAAGCCUAGCGAGUAUCUCUCAAUAUUGUUCAUUUUAACGGAUAUUGUUCAUUUUAACGGAAGCAGAGAAGCGCUACGUACAGUACGCAGUAUCUGAUUUAGCCGAACUACGCUGUGGUGGGGAAAACAUAAGUCAGAUUCCCAGCCAAACUAUGAGCAAAGUGCGACUAAUAGUCCAGAAAAUUGUUUACAUACAAGCCAUUACUGAAGAAAUGUCACAAUGCAGAAUAAGGCAAUCAUCUCAUCUAAUGUCUUGCGGUCUUUGUUAUCUCGUACUGACUGGCAAAAUUCCCGCCAAAAUGAAACAUUUAACCAAACUGUCCAGAGCGUGUCUUCUUUUUGUAAAAACAAAGUAAUAUUUUAUUCGCACAUCUGUAGCAGAAACAAUCGUAAGACUUGACGGAGGUCAUUAGCCACUGUGAUAGGAAUCCUUUCAUAAAUGAAGCUCCAGGUGGACCAGCAGACUGUGCGUGCAGUGUGGAUUCUGUCCUGCUGAACAUCCAGUGCUGUCAUCUGCGUUUUAGAAAGAAAGAAAAAAAAAAAGCUCAUUUGUGUUGAGUGUGAGAACUGAGCAGGCACUCGUGCUGUUCCUGAAACUACAUUUUGCAUUGAACACAGAUUUUGCAUUUCAGGACUUUUUGGUUUUCUCCCUAGAGAUGUUUUAUUUUGUAGCUUUACGUACGUUGAGGAGGGGAUGGACCAGCUUACUUGAAAGAAGAUUCAGAGAAGCCCAGACUGUGCUACAUGUGAUUCAGAUUUUUAUUUGACUUUUUUUUUUUUUUUUAAUGGUAAAAUGUCACUUUUCUGACUCAUCCCUAUGUGCAUCAUGAUGUCGCUUCCUGGCUUGGAUGUCCUCUCGGCGAGUUCGCUUGAGUUCAUUUUGUGUUCGACUGCCAUGAAAAGAAGCGAAAAGGACACUUGACUGACGUAUGAGAGCGGUUUAUCUAGCUGCUCCUAGCUUUGUGAUUGUUCUUUUUUUAUUUUUUUUUUCUCCUCCAUUGUUUCUACAUGGCAGCUCCCUGCCACCUCCUCUUUCUCUCUCCCCUUUUGACUCCAUGUAUAGAUGAGGCCAGCGAUGGAAAUAAGCCACUGCAGAAGUGAUUAAUGAAUGUUUUCUUUUCAAGAGACAUUUGGUACCUUACGUUUUAGCACCUGAAAGCAAUAUAUUGUAAAUCUUAAACCUUGACAGGAAUUUAAGAUCAAAUCAGGAAAAUGUUUUUUUUUUCUACUCUGCUGUUUCUUAUCAAAGUCUUUAGAAUUUGCUAUAAUUGAGAAGCAACACUUGUGUUUGAUACGAGUCAAAUCCACACUACAUUUGUUAUCUCCAAGUCCGAAACAAUCUUAAUGACGAUGAAUGUCCUACUGCUUAGAGGUCAGGUGAGUUCUGUUGUGUACUGUAAGAAUACAUGUCAUCAAUGUAAUGGUCAUAUGGGUUUGCCUGACUGUAAUUAUUAAAAACAUGAUGCAAAGUCUUGUGUGUGUAUAUUUGAGACAUUUAAGCCUAGUCAGGAGCGUGUAAAGGUUUUCUUCCCAGUUUUGAGAAUAAAUACUGUAAAAAAUAAUUAGUAUUGAAGGAAAAGAAAGCCGAUUUUUCCACUUUCUAGGUUCUUUAAUUCUCUCAACGAACAGGAAAUGACUA